AUGGUAAGACUAUUUCUUGAAAAGUUUUUUCCAGCUUCACGAGCAGCUAGCAUUAGAAGAGAAAUAUGUGGCAUUAAGCAAAGAGACGUAGAGACCCUCCACGAAUACUGGGAACGCUUCAAGCAACUGUGUGCAAGUUGCCCCCAACAUGGAGUUUCUGAACAACUCCUCAUUCAAUACUUCUAUGAAGGAUUGCUGCCCAUGGAAAGAAAUAUGAUGGAUGCAGCUAGUGGAGGUGCUAUAGUGAACAAAACCCCUCGUGAUGCUAGAGAUUUGAUAUCCAUCAUGGCUGCUAAUUCACAACAAUUUGGAUGUAGACAAGACGCAUCUCCAAGAAGAGUGAAUGAGGUAAAUAUUUCUUCCAUUGACAAUAAAUUAUCUCAAUUAACUACUCUUGUUCAACAGUUAGUUGUAAGAAAUGUGCAACAAGUAAAAGCUUGUGGAAUUUGUGCUGUUACUGGCCAUCCAACUGACAUGUGCCCGACGCUUCAAUACAACUCUUGUGAGGGUGUCAAUGCAGUUGGAGGAUUUCCGGGACAACCACAAAGAAAUUAUGAUCCCUACUCAAAUACAUACAACCCAGGAUGGAGGGAUCAUCCUAAUUUUAGCUAUAAAGCACGCCCACAAUUUCAACAAUAUCAGCAUGUUCCACAACAACAACCUUCAUCCUCACAACAAUCAUCUUCUAAUUCAGGUACAUCAUUGGAAGAUAUUGUUAAAUCACUUGCUACUAACACACAACAAUUUCAGCAAGAAACACGGACAAGUAUUCAACACUUGGAAAGUCAGGUGAGCCAACUAGCAUCUACCGUGAGUAGAUUGGAGUCUCAAGGUAAAUUGCCAUCACAAACUGUUGUGAAUCCAAAGCAAAAUGUAAGUGCAAUUGCAUUGAGGAGUGGAAAAGAGUUGAAAGAGCAUACUCAAGUAAGAAAAACACCCAACCAAGAUGAGGAAACUGAAAAAGAAGUCUCUCAGCCUCAAAAUGAUCAAAAUCUUAUUGGGGAACUCCCGAAGUCUUUGGUAAUUCCUCCACCUUUUCCUAGUAGAUUGGCUAAAUCCAAAAAGAAUGAAGAAGAGAAAGAAAUUCUUGAAACAUUUCGAAAAAUUGAGGUAAAUAUUCCUUUACUUGAUGCUAUUAAACAAAUUCCUCGGUAUGCUAAAUUUCUCAAAGAGUUGUGCACAAAUAAAAGAAAGUUAAAAGGCAAUGAAAUAGUAAGCAUGGGGGAAAAUGUUUCAGCUAUCCUUCAAAAAAAAUUACCUCCCAAGUGUAAAGACCCAGGUAUGUUUGCUAUCCCUUGCAAGAUUGGUAAUAUUAAUAUUGAAAGAGCAAUGUUAGAUCUUGGAGCUUCAAUUAAUGUCAUGUCCUUGUCUGUUUAUUCAUCACUGAAUGUUGGUCCAUUAAAAGAAACGGGUAUAAUUCUUCAACUUGCUGAUAGAUCUAAUGUGUAUCCUAGAGGUGUUUUGGAAGAUAUUUUAGUACAAGUGCAAGAUUUAGUUUUUCCUGCUGAUUUUUAUGUAGUUGAUAUGGGAGAAGAUAAUAAUAAUUCUUAUGAUUGA